AUGAUGGUGCUGCGACGUUUGUUGUAUUUUUUUGCUCUCCUGCUGAGUCUUGCCUCUCUCUGCGUGUCAGCUGGCGGGGCUGCAGCAGAACCUGAAGCUCCUCCUGAAUCUAGUUGCCCUUCUGGUUCUGGUGGUCCUGAGUCUGGUUGUCCUUCUUCUUCUGCAGCUGGUGUUCAUCCUCCACCUCCUGCAUUAACUGCUGGUGUUUCUACUCCUUGCACUACUUCUUCUUGUGCUUCCACUGGUAUACCGUGUACUACUCUUGCAAAUAAUAGUGGGCAUCCUGAAUGUGCUAGUGGUGAUGUUGAUAGUGACACCCAGCGGUUAAAUCAUAGGGAAGAGCAGAGAAUUACUGAUCAUGACAGUAAAGGUAUUACGGGUGCGAAGGGACAAAGUGGGGAUCCGAAAAAUCCGUUGGAGGAGAAGGAGGAAGAGAAAGAAAAGACCGAUGAACCGCAGAAUAGGGUAGCACAUGAGAGUGAUGCUGACACUGGUAAACCUCAGGGCACUAUACAAACAGGAAUAACUGAAAUCGAUCCAAACUCUCCUUUACCUUCUUCUUCAACUCUUGUACCUUCUGCCACACAUCCUGAACAACCAAGUGAUGGUCGUGAUGCUACGCAGGAUAGUAAUCCCUCACGAGAAGAUAACACACAACCGGAAGGCUCACAGACGGAAACAGAAGGAGAGAAGAAAGAAACUGAAAAUGAAACACAACCCAAUUCUUCCGAUGGAUCCAAUACAACUGGCGCUGGGGAUCAAGAAAACAGUGCUGCGACGGUUCAGGAACAGAACACUGCUGAACAGGAAUCUCAACAACAAAACAAUACAACUGAAACAACUAACGAAGCGAACACGAACCCUGACACUACCAAUACACCCAAUAAUGAUGAGGAAUCAACCACAACCACCACAACAACAACACUUCCUCCUGAACUCACAAACAACAAGAAGGGUGAUGCAGACAGCAGCAGCAGUAUCAUCAGUUCUGUGUGGGUGCGUGUACCACUACUGAUUGUGGUUACACUGGCCUGUAUUCUUGUGUGCUGA